UCACAGCUGCUAGGAGAUAUGGGAGAUUGUUGUCAUUUUUUUGAGGCUAGCACUUAGCGCUAGCAAGCUCUUUAAUUUUGUUUCUCCUCGACCCUUUCUCACCCAGCAGGAUGUUAGAAUGGAUUGGAGUCCAGUUCUGCCGGACAGCUUGGUUUUGGAGAUCUUCCUGCAUCUGCCCCAUUAUGCUGUGCUGAAAGCCGGCCUGACCUGCAGGCAGUGGCAGGCGGUGUCCAGAGAUGAGUUCCUGUGGAGGGAACUGUUCUACAGAUACUACCGGAUACUGCGCUCCGUUCCUCGACACCCUUCCGCUGUGUCGUGGUACAGGGAGUUUAAGCGUCUGUAUGACUGCAUCCCUUGUGUGGAAGUUCAGACACUGAGAGAGCAUACCAACCAAGUUCUUCACCUGGCUUUUUCUCACAGGGGCCAUCGCUUCUCCUCCUGUUCAAAGGACUGCACGGUUAAGCUGUGGGACACCGAACGGCAGGAUGGAAACAUCUCGUUGGUGCACAGCACCAGUAUGCGCCAGUAUCACUGGGCCUACACACAGUUCUCCCAGUUUAACCCUGAUGAUACCCUGCUGCUCGUCUCUGGCGUCUACCUGGUCCCACACCACUCGUCUUCUGGGGAAAUUGCUGUCAUUAGUCUGGAUAAUUACACCCUGUUGUCGAGAGUCAGGAACAAACCGUAUGACGUGUUUGGAUGUUGGCUUAAUGAGACACACCUGAUCUCAGGAAAUCUGCACUGGAUUGGAAACAUGACGUCCUGCUCGGUGCUCUGGCUCAACAAAGCUUUUCAGGAUAUAGAAUCUGAGAAUGUUAAUGUAGUGAAGCGUCUCUUCAAUAUCCAGAAUUUCAACGCUAGCACAAUACGAACGGUGAUGGUGGCGCACUGCCGUAGGCAUGACAACCCAGACCUGCUGCUGGACUAUGAGGCUCAGUCUCAGGCUGGGAGGCAGAGAGCUGAGCAGGGAAAUCAGCAUCACCCUCUGCUUUUUGAUUUGAAGACGUCCGACAGCGAGGAAGAAGAGGAGGAGGAGGAGGUAGAGAACAAGGAGGAAUGUGGGAAAGAUGGAAGGAGUCAGAGCUUCUCGUCUGCAAGGACCCCCCAGCUAACAAUAUCUGGCCUGGACCACAUCAAUCAUAGCCGUAAACACGUGGGGGCCAGGGAGCUACAGAUUGAGACUCAGGUUGCUAAGAUGAUGGGCAGAGCCUACACCAAGACCCCAGACGCCAGCCUCACCGACCCCUCCCAGUCUGAAGAGGGGGAGGAUAAAACAUACUUAAUCUUCACCACUGGCAGCCUUACAUACUCCCCUCACCAGAUAGGCAUUAAGCGAAUCAAACCCGACCAGAUGACCACUUCCGGCGAUGUGCUUGGAGAGGAGAGGAGCUCAGAGGAGUUUUUUGAUUCACUGGACCACGUUAUUGAUAUUCAUGGCCACAUCAUCGGUAUGGGCCUUUCUCCUGACCACAGGUAUCUAUACGUAAACAGCAGAGCCUGGCCGAAAGGAUGCGUGAUCUCAGAUCCAAUGUCCCCGCCUCCCAUCGCCGAGGAGAUUGACAUGCAUGUCAUCGACCUUAAGAGUCUGAGGGAGGAGAGGAGGAGUCUCCGGGCUCAUCGAGCCUUCACUCCUAACGACGAGUGCUUCUUCAUCUUUCUUGAUGUCAGCAGGGACUUUGUUGCCAGUGGGGCAGAGGACAAACAUGGCUACAUCUGGGACCGCCAUUACAACAUCUGCCUCGCCCGUUUGGCGCACGAUGACGUGGUGAACUCGGUGGCGUUCAGCCCAGCCGACCAGGAGCUGCUCCUCUCAGCCAGCGACGACUUCACCAUCAAGGUGUGGCGUUCGCCUCGCAUGGUCCGCCUGGCUCAGGCCUCCAGCCGACAGCUGAGGCCUCGUAGCCUUCUUCCGUCCUGGCUGUUACGCCACAAGAACUCUACGUUUACGGGCAGCGUGAACGGGAAACCCUAAGCAAGCGCUGUAGAAGGCCUUCAGACAAGAAGUAGAACAGGGUAAGGACAGCAUGGCGAGUAAAACACUCCAUGUGUUUACAUCAUGCGCUCAUGUUUUUGCUUGAGUUCACUGUAUUGUGACCUAAAGCAGUUUAGGACACUCAGGCCAAUGCAGACACCAGGGGGCGAUGUGGCACCAGCAAAGACGACGUCAAUCAAGGAUCUACAGAUUUCUACCAGAUAGAAACCUGAACGUUUGAGGCAGAACUCCAUCAGAUGGAUAUCAUCAUGUCUUUUUUAUUUUUUAUUUUCCAUCCGUACGGUUGCACCUGAAGAAACCGGACUCUGGAUUCCUGGACCUGAGUAGCAAGGAUGAUGAGAUGGUACUUUUCUCAUUAUAGAUGAAGAUCUUAAACUGGUGUUCUGAUUUAAAAAUCUUUAAAAACACACACACACAUCUUUGGAGAUUUAUGCCACAGUUUAAAAAAAAACCCUACUGGGAUAAAAAAAAAA